AUGGGGCUCACGAACUACAUCAGGAGCGCCGCCAACUCGGUCUCGAGCGGCUCGUCCCCCGCCAAACCCGGACAGGCGCCUGCGACGGCGGGGACAGGCGGCUCGGCGGCAGCUGCUGGCGACGACAAGAUCCCCGAGGGCGCGAGUGCAGACGACACAGAAGAGGUGGACGAUGAGAACAAGAACUUGUUGAUGGCGCUGAUCAGCCAGCUGCGACCUGGCAUGGACCUGAGUCGCAUCACUUUCCCUGUCUUCGUACUCGAGCCUCGCUCUAUGCUUGAGCGCGUCACCGACUUCCACUCACACCCUGAACUCCUUCACGGGGCUGGUCAGCUCGGCGCGCCGGAAGACCGUUUCAUCCAGGUCUUGCGGUACUACUUGGCGGGAUGGCACAUCAAGCCCAAAGGCGUCAAGAAGCCGUACAACCCCAUCCUCGGCGAGUUCUUCCGCUGCCGGUACGACUACUCGGACGGCACGUCGGCGUACUACAUCGCUGAACAAGUCUCGCACCACCCGCCUAUCUCUGCUUGGUACUUCGCCUCCCCCGAGCAAGGCCUCGAGCUCUGCGGCGAGCUCCGACCAAAGUCCAAGUUCCUCGGCAACUCGGCGGCGAACCUGAUGGAGGGCGAGUCGCACCUCAAGUUCCUCGAGGGAGCGGGAGCGAGUGACGGGGAGUACGAUAUCACGAUGCCCAACAUGUACGCACGAGGCAUCCUCUUUGGCAAGAUGGUCCUCGAGCUCGGCGACAACAGCACCGUGCGAAACGACACGACGGGCUUGCAGUGCGACGUCGAGUUCAAGACCAAGGGCUUCUUCAGCGGCACGUACAAUGCGAUUGCGGGGAAGAUCAAGGGUCCGAAGGGCGAGGUCGGCGAGAUCUCGGGCAAGUGGAACGAGGUGAUGGAGUUGCAGCGCAAGGGGGGCAAGGGCAAGGAGGUCCUGUUUGACGCCACCAAGGCCGACGUCGUGCAGAAGUCGGUCUCGCCCGAAGACCAGCAGGCGCCGAACGAGUCUCGCCGGCUGUGGGCGAAAGUGACGGCCGCGAUCAAGGCGAAGGAUCUCGACGCGGCGACGGACGCCAAGACGGCGAUUGAGGAGACGCAGCGGGAGGCGGCACGGGAGAGGGAGAGCAGGGGCGAGAGUUGGCAGCCCAAGUAUUUCAAGCCGACGGGCAAGGGCGGCGAGUGGAGGCCGGCAUUCGCUCUUCCUGCUGGCGACAAGUCUGUGCAGGUCGAGGCCGUCCGUCAGUUCGUCUACGGCUCGGACCCCGAACCUCCCGCCGCCUUCUUCGACGCGCCCGCUGCGACACCCUCGGCGACCGAGUCGGCGGUGCCUGCGCAGCCCGCGCCGACAGCAUCGGCAUGA